AUGGCGCUGCGCGUGUUGCUCGGAUUUUAUGCCAAGGAGCGCCAGAUCCUCCUACCCCUUUCCAGGGCCCCCACCUCGCUCUCUGCUGGUCUUGGGCCCACGCUCGCCUCUCAGUACCUGCCUGGUACUGCGGCUGGGACUCAGGGUCCUGCGAAGUCGCAGGCUCGGAACCGCCCCCCGUCCACCACGUGGCUGGACCAGGAUCUCAGGGCUGGACCGAAGACUGCGAGUGCCGCCGUCUCCGCCCGACCCUGCUUCCAGCCUCCGCCCAGUAACCCCAGGUUCGGUUCUCGGAUCCCGUCCCAGAACCGCUGCGUCCGCUGCCAGCUCCGCGCCGCGACCUGCGAGCUCCGGGCUAGCCCCGCCCCCACAGGCCCCUUCCCGCCCGCCAGGACACGCCCCCGGGCCCCGCCUCUGGGCCCGGCCUACGAGCUCCGGGCUGGCCCCGCCCCCACAGGCCCUGUCCCGCCCUCCAGGACACGCCCCCGGCCCCGCCUCUGGGCCCGGCCUGCGAGCUCCGGGCUGGCCCCGCCCCCACAGGCCCCGUCCCGCCGCCAGGACACGCCCCCAGGCCCCGCCUCUGGACCCGGAUUGGGGGCUUCGACGGCCCCGCCCCCAGAGGGCUCCACCUCCUGCAGCCUCUACAUUGGGCCGGAAGAAGAGGGCGGGUACUGA